AUGCACCUUCCUCCUCCCGAUCUCGCAACACGCGGCCUCUCCGUCGUAGCAGCGCGCGAUCUAGUCGAGGGAGAACCGCUCUUCUCCCUCCCCCCCUCCGCCUUCAUCUCCCCAGAACAACCUAUCACUCUCCCCUACCCGUACCCCCUCACGCCCGACGUCUCGCCUCUCUCCGGGUGGACGGCCUUCUCCAUCCUGGCGGCGUGGAUUCUGAGGGAGAAGCGCAAGGUGGAGAGCGGUGAGGGGUCGCAGUGGGGCGUGUAUGUGCGCUCGCUGCCUGAGUACGUGCCGCUGCCGGUGUUUUUUCCGGACGAUUUGAUUCAGGAGUUUGAAGUGCAGAGCAUGAUCGACCAUGCCUUCUCCUACCGAGAAACGUUCAAGUCAGAGUACGAGCGGUGUGACAAGGCAGCUAUCGGCAAUGCGGGUGAGGAGGAGUUCAUGUGGGCCGUGGCUGUCACGGACGAGCAGACCGACACCAUCGUCGUUCGGAGCUACGCCGCCCUGCCAGCUGGCGGCCAGCUGUACAACAGCUACGGGACAAAAAGCACCGACAUGUUCCUGCAGGCGUACGGCUUCGUGCCGGCCGACAACCCGCACGACUCGUUCCAACUCACCGCCUCCGAAGCUGACCUGGCAGAGAUAUACUAUAAGCACUAUGCGAACGUGACUGUAAAGGAGGGGAGAAAGGGCAUGUUCGACCUGUGGGCGGAGUAUCUGCUAAGGAGGACGAGCGAGGAUGUGAGGGCAGCGAAAGAGAAGGUGGAGGAGGAGGUGGGGGUGAUUGGCGGGCCAAAAGCAGAUGUGUUUGGGGAGGGCAGUGCGCAUGGGGUGUGGGCAGGAGGGCAGGUGGACCCGCGCAUGCUCCUCUUCCUCGCGUCGCUGUGGCACGUGUUUGGCUACGGGGAAGGCCCUGGCGAGCUGGUCCACGCCUAUCGACGAGGAUCGGCGACGCCUGAAGCAGCUGGAGAAGUGCUGGUGGGUGGAUGGGAAGAUCGAGAAGAUGGAACGGAGGAAGAGGAAAGAGAGGAAGUGGGAGAAGGCGAGGAAGGGGAAGAGGAGGUGUGCACAAAGGACGUGGUUCAAUCACUCAUGGAAAGGGAGCUGGUGCUACAGUACCGUAUCGCAAAGAAGAAGCUGCAUGAAGUUUACGAUCGGCUAGAGGAGGGGUGCUCGUCUCUCUUGCAGUCAGAGUCUCCAGAAUCUAAUUCCGCAGAGGCGGCAUCAGAAGGGUUGAAGGGAUUGUUACCAGAGCUGACUGUGUCGGCUCCACAUUUGCCUGCAGAGCAGCAUGACGAGCUUUAG